CGCGGGCGAUGAAAUAUUGCGUCGUAAACAACAUGGCGGAAUAAUAUCUUGCCGCAGUCCUGCAGGGCUUCUUCUUCUCGUCGAUUUAUGUACUUUUACUCCUCACUGAAGAAACGCUGGUGAGCAGGUCCUGAUGUUUCGCCGCUCAAGGUUCAGCGUUCGUCCGAACGUGGGUGGGGCCGGGAGGACGGCAUCUUCAUCACAGGAUGCUGUACCGGCAAGUCAGGAGGCAAAAGAGACGACGAAAGACGUCGACGAGAGCGUGGCAGCCUCCGUGGUGACUGACAGCAAGCUGGUUGAUGCGCCUGUGGCUAAAAGUACCGCCGUUAGUGAUGGAAAUGAUCCAAGUGGGGAUGGCAGCAGCUCCUUGGCUGCUGUUCAGAGGAGGAAACGCUUCUCUGUCAAGCCCAGGGUGGCCCCGGGUCGCCCCGCUGCUCUCCCUCGAACGCCAAAGUCCCCUGCCAAGGUGUGCUCUGAAAGUCCCCCCACAAAUUCAAACCUCGAGCCACAAAUUGAAACUCAAGCAGUACCGUCUGGAGCCCAGUCGCCGACGUCGCCCGAGCCGGAGCCGGAGCCGGAGCCCAUCCUCGUCUCUUAUGAUGGUUCAGGACAAGCAGCUGCUGUCUCCGCUGAACACUCUCCAAAAGGAACCAAAAAAACAGAGAAGACAUUGGCACCGUUGGACGACGGUCUCAUCAAAGUUCCUUACAGGGCGCCGGACAAAGUGGCCCUGCCAGACAAAGAAGCGGCGGCACUGUCAGAGAAAGCCAAGACUCUCCUGUCAUCGAAGAGCAGGAAGUCGUCGAUUCCCCGAUUUUCCCUGAGUCGACUUUUGAACGACCCGUCUGACAUUCAGAGGAUGGAAAAGGCUCAGAAGCUCCGUGACAUGCUCAGACAGGAGAUGCGGAAAGAAAAGAAUGCCAAGAGAGCAAAGAGGAAGCAUGACAUGGAGUUCAAUUUGGAUCCCUCCAAAAUGACCAUGAGGGACCUCAUCCGCUACCUGCCGUUGUCCAACCCUAUGUCGUCCAGUGUAGAAGAUGGCAGCACUCCGGAGAACGAGACUGUCGUUCCAUUUUCCCCAAGGAGAGAAAAAUUGCCAGAGAUAGUGCAGAAACUGAAGUCAGAAGUUGUCCCGGCAGCGGGGAGCCAGGCGGAGGAGGAACAGGAACAGGAGGAGGCGGUGGCGGCGGCGGCAGAGGAGGACGACGAUGAAGAUGAGGCGCUGAUGGUGCCCCGGGUCAAAGUGGCCGAAGAUGGCACACUGAUCCUGGACGAGGAGAGCUUGACCGUGGAGGUCCAGCGAGCCAAAGGACCGAACCCAGCCGAGGACAGAGACCCCAUCUUUGAGCGCGGCUCCACCACCACUUACUCCAGUUUUAGGGCAUCCACCUACUGCAAGCCCUGGACCAGGGAAGAGACAGACAUGUUCUUCCUGGCGAUCAGCAUGGUGGGAACAGACUUCUCCAUGAUUGGCCAGCUUUUUCACAACAGAACUCGAGCCGAGAUACGGGUCUGUCAAGGAGAGCAACGUUGUGAUUAUUUCUGGGGUUACUUAAAGAGCAAUGUGGAUUUAUUUUGUGUGUGUGUGUGUCAACACUUGGACUUUUGGUUCUCCCCGACAGGUAAAGAAUUUGUGGACGAGCUCUUCGACAGCGAGGAGGGGCAAGAAGAAGAAGAGGACGAGAUUGAUGGCUUCUCAAGCUCGGACACGGAGGACGGCGAGAAAGAGAAUGACAAUAUCUGCAAGGAUGGAAGAGGCUCCUUCUCAAAGGCCAGGAAGAAACGCAAAGGCCAGAGCGCGGAGAACGACUCUGCUGCGACACUAAAGAAGACAAAAAGCAAAGCGGGUGAAAAGAGCGGUGAAGAAGAUGAUACUUGCACACCUGAAGCCACAAGCGCACCCCUUCCUCAGGAUCAACCCAAUUCAGAAGUGUGCGAAAGUACGGAGACGGACAAAUCAUCCGAGCGCACAUCAAUUAACCCCGCCAAACUCUCACGAGGCACAGCGGCCAAACCAGUCCUGCCCCUGGGUCGAAAGUGGAGUAAGAAGCUUCCACCUGGUUCAACCACCGCGAAGGCUGAAGACAAUGCAUCUGCUCCAGAGGAUGUCAGUGCGGCGAGUGAAGCCUCGAAAGAGCAGAUGAACAAAGCGACAACGCCACCUAGAGGAGUCAGUGAGGAGGAGAAUGGUGACGGUGACGAUGGUAGUGAAGGUGGUCUUUCUUCUGGUGAUGAAGAUUUCUUUGCCAAACCGCCAAAACCCACGAGGUAUGGGAGAGUCCCCAAGCCUCGCAGCGUCUUAAAUUACCCUGCCAAGGAAGAGGGCCCCACCAAUAAAUCUGAGCGCAAGUGCACCUCCAAGAGGAACAGAUCGACCACAGCACCUUCCGCUGCCCCAGCGUCCAAAAAGUCCAAACUUAUUACCCUGCGAGCAUCGCAGUCUGAAUCCAGCGAGGAUGAGGAGGAGCAGGUCCAGCAGAGGGAUGACGGAGUUUUUGUGCCCGCCUGCCUGCGCUCUCCCUCGAUUGUCAUCCCGCAGGUGGAUGAGACAAUGGAGGAGCUUGAUAUCUUGGGAAAUAUGUCUACUGUGUUGGACAUUUCCCAAGAUACACUUUGCCCCGAUUCCCUCUGUGUGGGGGACAAAAGUGAGACGGGGGUACCCGAAGCGUGUGUGCAUCAGUUGGACCUCCUAGUCGAUGUUAUUGACUUACUGUCUACUGAGCACACCGAAGUGUCCGAGGUGGAGAGCUACAACGAGGCUGCUCAGACAUUGCUGGCCAUUGGCAACAUGUCUCAACUCUCUCAGUCGGAGACCAUGCCUGAUCAGAGAACAGAGACAGACUCGGAGAGUGUGACUGAGACCAACACAUUCCUGGAGGAAGAGAUAGCCGAAUUCAUCAAGGAAAACAGUUCCAGCCAAAUCCCGUUUACGUCAACAGACCACAGAGUCACAGAGACGAUUGAAGCUCCCACAUCAGCACCUUCACUUCAGAGAACUGUUUCAGGUCCUGACUCGAGUCCUCCUGUGCAUUCAAGCCCACCGACGAGCAGAGGUUCCUCAUCCAAGGUGAAACCAAAACCUAACCUUACCACUGCCUCAAGGACUGCCCAUUCCAAAUUUCAACCAGACGUUUCACCGGUGGAGUCUCCCAUGGAGUGCUGCAGUUCUGCGCCCAUCCUUUCUCAAGAAACAAUCCCUAUGGAAGGAGAGUUUGAUCAGGCAUCAAAAAGGCACACUUGUGACUUUGAAUCGGCCGCCACCGAAGCCAAGUUUACAAAUGCUGAAAGCGGUCAUAAUUACGUGGCUACAUCAUAUGUUGCAGUCACAGAACCACAAACUGAUAAGUCAAACGCACUUUUGCCACAAGGAAGUGGGGAUCAUGACGCUACCAGGCAUGAUAUACUUAAAUGUCAGAAACUGAGUGACUCUCAAGAGACCAGGUGUCGAUUGCCAAAGGUCAAACCAAAACCAAACCUUUCACAAAUAUCAAGACGUGCACGGUGUAUACCUCAGACCGCAGAAGAGACAAGCCUGUUGUCAAAUCUGGAAUUAACCUUGAAAACAACAGCAGCAGCAGAACCGCAGCCAGCUUCUUUAGAGACACCAGGUCACAGCACAAGUUCUGCUUCAACUGUGACACCAAUUAUGAAUUUAAGCGACCGUAUGAUACAGUCCAAUGAACUGACUUCUAAUGAGGAGAAAGUGGUAAGUGUUGGACAUGCAGCAGGUGACACAACAUCCACAGAUGCUGAUGCGGUUGAAAGAGGUCAUAAUACCAAGGCAGCUCCUCAACCCGAAGCCGAAGUGUCAAAGACACACUUGGUGCAGGAAGGCGGAGAAUUUCACACUGCCAUGCGGGAAGAAUCAAAAGAACCACAGCCAGCUUGUCCCCUCUCUCCUGGCACAAGCACUCAGAGCGCCAGCACGAAUGCGACUUCAAGCAUGAACGUAAUCUCAGUCAUGACACCUUUAGAAGAACUGACCUCUGGAGAGGAUAAGACGUUAGGUGAUGGACUUGCUAUGGGAGAAACAAAGUCCACAGAUGCUGGUCAUACUAAUGAUACUGCAGAAUUCACAGAACUAGAGACUGAAGAGUCAAAGAACGCUUUGGAGCAAGAAUCUGGAGAUUACGACAAGGAUCUAUUUGAACGUCCGAAAGUGAGUGAGGUUAAUUUUGCUCUGCAGACGAGAAGGAGUCGAUUCCCAAAGGUCAAACCAAACCUUCUCCAGAGUUCAAGGAAUGCACAGGGUAAACGUCAAACUGCAGAGGAAAUGAGCCCGUCUCUAAAUCUUGAAUCGCCUUGCAAAAGACCAACUGAGGUACGUCCACAGCCAACUGGUCAAAUCAGCACUUCUGCUUCGACCGUGACUGCAGUCGUGAGUGAUACCGGUGAGGUACUUUCAGAGGAACUGACUCCUAGUGAGCAGAAAAAGCCAGGUUGUACCCCUGGAAACACAAAGCCCACAGAUUUUGAAACAGUUGAAAGUGGUCGUAAUAAUGAGGCAACAUCUGAUGCAGCAGUCACAGAACCACAGGCCAAAGAGUUAAAUAAACCCUUGGACCAAAAAGAUGGAGAUCAUGGCAGUACCUUGCAAGAGUUACCCAAAGGUCAGAACUCGACUCAAAUUGUUUCCAGGGGGAGUCGAUUCCCAAAAGUCAAACCUAACCUUUUGCAGAUAUCAAGAAGCUCACUGUCUAAAUCUCAAACCACAAAAGAAAGUAGCACAUUCUCAGAUCUUGAAUCCACCUGCAAAACAACAGCUGAAGUGAAAUCACAGCCGACUUGCUCCUUCUCCAUCCAAAAACCAAGUCAAAGUGUCAGUUCUGCUUCAACUGUGAUACCAGUCACCGACUUAAGAUCCACUCUGAGACCUUCAGAGCAAAUCGCUUCUAGUGAGGAGAUGGGGACAGGUCUUGGACCUGCUGCCAGAGACACAAACUCCACAGAUGGCAACGUAGUUGAAAGCAGUCGUGAUCAUGAGGCAGCAUCACAAUCAACUUCUGAGACUUGUCAAAAUGUUCCUUCAGGUGCGAGAACAUCUUCACCUGACGUUACAAAUCGGGAAUACUCCGAGGCAUCGAACCACACUCGAGAAGCAAUUCAAAGACGCCGACGCCUCCCCAAGGUCAAACCUAACUUGAGGUCACCCGCUAGAGCAACACAGUCAACGUCGCAGUCAAGGGAUGGACUGGGCAAACCGUCCAUUGUAACAUCGGACUGUCAGUCAAUGUCAGCAAGUUUAGCGAGUCCACAGUGUGCAAGCAGUGAGUUUGGCUCCACGGAAACGUCCCAGUUGUCCAUUAUUGAAGGUCAGAGCAGUGAAACUCCAGCAGUGGGUGAGAAAACAGCCAGCAGUGUUGCUCUCCAUCUGGAAAGGGUGAUGGCGACUGGUAUUUCUUUGAAUUCCACAACUGACGGCCCCUCCUUAAACAUCACACCGCCGGAUUCAUUCCGGGAAAGUUCUGGAACCACUGAAGCCAAGGCUGAAACCCCCAAAAGCACCGAGGAUACUUUGUUGACCCCAACCUCCACAAUGAAACGAAGCAGGCCUGUCAAACCCCAGCCCAAUGUUGGACGUGGAGCUCGGCAGUCCCGACAAGUGGCGGUCAAAACGGGAUCAGCCACCUCUGCUCCUCGAGGGCAAACGACUGUCCUGCUGACGCCAGUAGAGGGUGCCAAAGAGCAAGUUAAAGCUGCUUGCUCGGCAUCCACAAUUGAGGCGCCAGAACCUGAGCGCCCCAUCCAGGAUGACUCGGCGUCAGUCAGCGGAGCAAACCAAACUUCUGCAAAUCUCUCAGUAUUUCCAGACACGCUGUCAGUUCCGUCGGAUCCAGAUGAGCCCUUCUUCAUCCUGUCCCUGAUGGAAGUCCCGCUGGACGAGUCUUCCCAUCAGCCUCCUCGGGCAGAUCUAACAGUGCAACACAGCCCUCCUGCGGACAGUGCAGUUGCAGGAACGGAGCGCUCCGCACCUGCCGUUCGAUCAGGGGAGAUGGGUCUCACUAAGAAUGCAGUCACGGAGCAUCCAGUCCUACCAGCGCCACCUGCAGGAAGUGAAGACACAACUGCUUCAGCUGUUUUAAGUUCUCCCCAAAGGAGACCCAAAGGCUUCCUCUCCUUCCUGACUAGAACGAGCAGCGCUACCCAGUCAGAGUCGUCUCGUGGCAAAGCUGCUUCCCGCCGACCGAACGUUAGCAAACCUGUGCCCAGGAAGCGACCGACGGCACCAACGGCGGCCCCCCAACCUGAGACUACAGAAAAAAAAGUGGAGUCCAACCCAUUAACAUCCUGUAUAAUAGCAUCACAACCAUCACCUCGUCCCUCUGGCUCUUCAACCCAAGUUUCUGCGUGUCAACACGGCAGCAGCGUUUCGGUCCAAGAGCAGCCCACCAACGUUUCCCAGUACUUCCUAAGUGAUAUUUUUACUGAAGUUAAUGAAACAUAAAAAGCACUCAUUUUCCCUCCUUUACCAGUUGUUAAUGUACAAUAUAAAUCCAUCUUGAUAUUUCACCUCAAAGAUGCCCCACUCACGUUUUGUGAGUAGGGCGUCUUUGUUGUUCAGCACUUUGUGUAUAUACAUGUACAUUUUUUUUUCAAGUUGCCCAGAUUCCUAUUUUUCAACUUUGCCCUUAAAAACAAAAUCCAGACUGACGUUGGGACAUCACGCUGUGGAAUAAUGUGAAGCAUCAGCAACCUCUUCUUGCGUGUUGUUUUGUACAGGCCUCUUGACCACGCUAUACAGAAAACCUACAAUGACUUUUCAAUGAGCUCAAUGAGACUCAAGCUACUUAUGCAACUGGAUGGACAUGAAGUUGUUUUGUUUCUCCUGUAACGACUUCAAACGUGUGACAAAAUACUUUUCUUUACGAUCCAAAUAAACACGUUCCUCCACCUAAACAGUGGUA